AUGACCAUUACUGUUUACAAUGCUAGUUCUAAUGACACUGCAAUUGCUUAUUUAAAAACAAGAGUCAAAACGUGGGGAACUAGUGUGUUGAAUGGAGAAUAUUUGCAUGUAAGAUGUAUUGCUCAUAUCAUGAACUUAGUGGUUAAUGAUGGUCUUAAAUUAGUUACUGAUGCUGUUUGUCGAGUUCGAGGUGCUGUUAAAUUUACUUUAUCUUCUCCAUCUAGAAUUGAAAAGUUUUAUAAGUGUGUUUCGGAUGAGAAGAUUCCAUCAAAAAACAUGUUGUCUCUUGAUGUGGUCAUACGGUGGAACUCAACUUAUUUGAUGUUAAGCAUUGCUUUGAAGUUUAUAUUGGCAUUUGAGAGGUAUGAUGGGGAAGAUCCAAAUUUUCAUGAGCAUCUUCUAGAUCCCCAUGGUUAUGGGAAUGGUUUAGGAAAGCCUACUACUGAUGAUUGGGACCAAGUGAAGAACUUAGUUCAAUUAUUAGAAGUGUUUUAUAAUUUAACUUUGCGUGUGUCUGUUUCACAAUAUGUUACUUGUAAUGGUUGUUUUGAUGAUAUAACUGAUGUUGAUUGUUUGCUAAAAGAAUGGUAUGAAAGUCCUGAUUAUGAGUUUAAGGAAAUGGCAAAGAGAAUGAAAGAGAAGUGUGAUAAGUAUUGGGGGGAUCCUAAAAAACUAAAUGUUAUGCUAUAUAUUGCUGCUGUACUUGAUCCUAGAUAUAAAUGGAAAACUGUGGAAUUUGGGAAAAGACAAAUGUACACAAAAGAUAAUGAUGCUUCUGUUGUUUGUAUGCGGGUAAAGAAUGCCCUUUGUGAUUUAUAUGAUGAAUACAAAGGCUUUUAUUCCACAUCCGCAACAACGAACCAAAGUGAUGGUGCUUCAAGUUCUAGCAAAGAUGUAGAACCUAGUCUUCCAAAAAAAGGACUUAUGAGAUCUAAGUUUAAAAAACUCAAAAAGUCUCUUGAGGAUGGGGAAUUGACUAAAACAGAGGUGGACAAGUAUUCAGAUGAGGUUACAGAAGAAGAUGUAGAUGGCUUUGAUAUUUUUACAUGGUGGAAAAACAAUAGUUCAAGGUUUCCCAUUCUUUCUCUUGUAACUCGUGAUAUGCUAGCCAUUCCUAUAUCCACAGUUGCAUCGGAAAGUGCCUUUAGCACUGGAGGUCGAGUUCUAGAUUCAUUUCGAAGUUCAUUAAGUCCAAAGAUGGCAGAAGCUCUUAUUUCUUGUCAAGAUUGGCUUCGUGCUUCUUCUCCAAAAGUUGAGGAGUGCUUGGAGGAUAUAGCACAACUAGAGAACGAGUUAUCGAAGAUCAAUUUGACUCCUUCAGUUAUUGACGUUCCUUGA